UCAAAAAGAGGAGUAUAUGCCUUCCGGUAGAAGAUCCUCUCCGAGCUGUCUCGAAUGGCGGAUCUGUUCAGUUGAAUGCGAGAUCAGUACUGGUAACUAGGCGACUUCGCCAGUUCGCCUUCUGAAUCGGAGCCUCCGCAUCCGCAUCCGCUGCAGAGCAGUCUCAAUUUUAACGACGAAGUUGCUUGCCGGAGAUCGGAGAUGCUUGACGGUAUUCUCGGCCGCGGAUUCAGCUCCAAAUGCAAGUCGUUGAUUAAGGGGACCGGAUCGCGGAUCGAACUGGCGCGGCGGAGAGCGGAGGCAAAGCAGAGGUUUCUCAAGGACGACCUUGCGAAAUUGAUUGCCAAUGGCCUCGCCGUCAAUGCCUAUGGAAGGACUGAAGAAUUUAUGGCUGGUGAACGCAUUUUAUCUUGCUAUGGUUUUAUUGAGCUAUCUUGUGAACACAUUAAGAAGCAGCUCUCGAGCAUGCAAAAACAAAGUGGUUGCCCCGAAGAAUGCCGCGAGGCCGUGGCAUCCGUUAUGUUUGCUGCAGCAAGAUUCUCUGAUUUGCCAGAAUUACGUGAUCUCAGGGAUCUCUUUCUGCAGAGAUAUGGAAAUGGCUUAGAAUGUUUUGUCAAUCAAAAGUUUGUGGAGCAAUUAGCUUCAAAAACCCCUGCCAUGGAGAAGAGAAUCCAGCUGAUGCACGAUAUAGCUUUGGAAUUUCAAGUACAAUGGGACUCAGCUGACUUUCAACUGAGGAUGUCAUGUGGGGAGGGAAAGGCAAACAAGGUCGAACCUUCACACUCUCCUGGAAACCGUAAUCUCCGUAGCCAAAAUGGCAGUUUCUCGAAACCCAACGGCCAGAAUGUUUUGUCAGAAAAAAAACCCGAGGCUUCAAAGGAUACCCAGGUAAUGACACAUGGCAGAGACAGGGAAGCCAAGCGGGAUGAUCAUUCAUCUGGAGGGAGGAAGGAAAAAGUUAAUGAAUAUAAACUGAUCGCCAACAAGGAGGGAACCCAUUCCGUGGCAGGAAAGAAUGAUAUUCAACUCCCCAAAAGGGAUGAAUUUAUAGUCGAAAACAACAGAACUAAGAAAGAGAAGUACGGGUAUGAAAAGCAAGAAGGGCAAAAUAGCAAAAACAGAGACAUUCACAUUCACAAUGUGACCUCAACAAGGGAACCCCCGGAUGAAAGGGACAAUGAGAACAAUAACAACGUAAAAUCUCAUUAUAGCUAUGGACGUCCUCCGCCCUAUGUCAAAUCAAAAGACAAAACCACCGGAGGAUCUGAGCUAUCUGUCUCUGAAUCUAACAGGCAUCCCGUGGGACCCUCUUCCCACGACAAGGAAUCAGAACAUCCUCAGAAUAGAGCCUUUCCUUCCAAGGAUGAAAGUUCUGUGUCAAAACCAAAAUCAGUUAGGAGAAACCAUCACAAGUCCCCAGAGAAUAUUGACGGUAGGUCAAGGCCCCACCCCCAUAGAGACGAGGAGGAAGUGGUGAUAGACAAACUCCUCAUGCACUAUAGUCGGAAAUCAUCCGACUAUGACAUUGAAAAGUUGAGGAAAAAGGCACAUACCAAUCAAACCCCACACGAAGUGAGCUCUGGUAAUGUGCCUCCACAGCCAACGAGAUCUCACUCUUUCCCACACGAACAGGCUACUCCUUCAGUGGCACCGAAGGUUUACACACGUGCCAACACCUUUCAGCCCGACCACCAGGCACGGCAUGUCCAUCCAAAAUUACCGGACUACGAAGAUUUGGCUGCCCAGUUUGCUGCCCUUAGAGGGAGAUGAAGGAAUUUCUUCCCAACCAAACAACACACCGAAUACACCGCAUUUGUUUGGGCCUCAACGAUAUUAUGUGCAUGACCUCGUGUAGUGUUUUGUCACUGGAUCCAUUUGACAAUCUCUUGGGAAUGACUCGAACAACGAGUUUUUGUAGGCCUUUACUCCGUGCCAAUAAGCCCAUAGUAACUGGAUGGGUUUCAUCCGAAGGUUUUUCGACGACAUUUUGGGCCCGAAAAGCUUUCAAGACUUUCAUUUUUUUUAUAUAGAAAAUGCAAUUUUCUUUAAUUUUUUCAUCAUCAUGUUCAAUAUUGUUGAACACAUAAUCAAUUCUUGACUUCCAU